AUGAAGAUGGACCGGGAGAAGGAGAGAGAGAUUGAGCUCGAGAGUGCUAUGUACACAAACUGCCUGCUCCUGGGUUUGGAUCCCACCAUUAUCGGAAUCGGGUCGAACAACGGCGCCCAUCGGGUCGGCCUAUUCCGCCACUCUAACCCCAAAUUGGGUGAACAGCUUUUGUACUUCAUACUUUCAUCUCUCCGCGGCCCAGUUCAAUCUGCCAAGGACUUCGAUAAGGUGUGGCCUAUUUUCGAUUCAGCUCAGUCUAGGGAUUUUCGGAAGGUGGUGCAAGGGAUUAUUAGUGAACUGGAAUCACAAGGAGCACUGCCUAGAAGUAAUUCGAGGGUUUCAUCUCUUGCAACUUGCUGCGGUCCAAGAUUUGUCGAAUUAUUAUGGCAGCUUUCCCUGCAUGCUCUGAGGGAAGUGCAUAGGCGAACAUUUGCGGCUGAUGUAGCAUCAAAUCCACUGCCUGCUCCAUUAACUGAUGUCGCCUUUUCUCAUGCAGCUACACUACUCCCUGUAACCAAGGCUAGAAUAGCUCUUGAACGAAGAAGGUUCCUGAAAAAUGCAGAGACUGCAGUUCAAAGGCAGGCAAUGUGGUCGGAUUUGGCUCAUGAAAUGACAGCAGAAUUUCGUGGUCUGUGUGCUGAAGAGGCAUAUCUCCAGCAAGAGCUUGAAAAACUACACGAUCUAAGAAACAAAGUGAAACUGGAGGGUGAGCUCUGGGAUGAGCUCGUAUCUAGCUCAAGUCAAAAUUCACACAUAGUUCAAAGAGCAACUCGAUUGUGGGAAUCAUUGUUAUCGCGCAAAAGUCAACAUGAGGUCCUUGCUUCAGGCCCAAUUGAGGAUCUUAUAGCUCACCGUGAGCAUAGGUAUCGUAUCUCUGGGUCGUCUUUGCUAGCAGCAAUGGAUCAAAGUUCUUUAGUUUCUAGUAAUAUGACUCCACAAGUAGAUCAUGAGGAAAAGGAGAGUUCACAAGAUCUUAAAAGUAAAUCAGAAUUUUCUCCUACUAAUGGAAAUGAAGAAAAAAAUUCUCGACUAGAUGAGAAAAGUACGAGAGGACAACCCACUGUUGAUAUUGCUGAGAUCUUGCGACGUUGGACUCAUGCGUUGCAGCGCAUUCAUAAGCAAUCACUCCAACUUGCAAAAGCUAACGAUGGACAAGGUCCUGAGCUACUAAGGAGUAUGCAUGAUGGUAGUACUAGCAAUCAUGCCGAGUCAUUGGCAGCAACACUGGCUGAACAUAGGCAGCACCUAGACAGCAUACAGGUGCUGAUUAAUCAACUAAAGGAUGUUGGUCCAACCAUACAAAACUCAAUAAAAGAACUUACAGAGGAAGUCCACAGCAUGUCAUCCAAUCUACCUCCUGUUAUGAAGAUUCAAUCAAACUCACCUGUCCAGGCGCAGAGCAACGGAAGGACAUUGGGAAGUAAUACUGAUGAGGAAUUAGUCUCUGGAUUGCCGUCUGUUCAGCUUGAAAAGGUGACAGCUAGCCCCCCUACUUUGAAACUGCCGCCAUUAUUCAGCUCAACACCAAGUUCUUCUGGAAAAGGUGGGAGUACUCAAAAGCGUCAUAUUGUGGCCGAAACAAAUCCCACAGAAACUGUAAUCGAGAAAAACUUUGUAGAUCAGCCUUCAUCAAACAAUCUCAUUGAUAAUUCAACACAUGAUGAGGACUUUCUCUUUCUGCAAAACCUAAAGAGAUCAGUUAGAGAAGCUGCUCUUUCGUCUCAGUCAUGCAAUGUGGAAUCAUCACUAGACAGUAACCCUAAUGAGUGCUCAGAGCACUUCUUUGUACCACUUUCUGGGACUGGGUUUUCUCGCCAUGACCAAGAUAAGAAACAUAACUCUCUAAAGAGUAGACAGUUAUUCACAUCUCAAGUGGAUUCUUCCUUGCUUCAGACCCCUGCUAAGGACAAUGAUCUUGGGAGCAAACGUGUAGUGACAGACAUGUUGAGUGAGUUGGACUCCCACAAUGAAUUUGACAGUGAUAAGGGUUUCCUUCCUGCUUUUGGUUCAAAUUUGCCAGUUGCUGAAGCAUGUAGGUCAUUUUAUGCUGUUGAUGAAGCUCAGGGUCAAGUUUUCUCACCUCCUUUAUUAGUGGAUGCAGCCCUUUUGGGAGAUUCUUACGAGGAUUUGCUUGCGCCCUUGUCAGACACUGAAACAGCUUUGAUGGAGUAUUGA